UAUUCUAAUUGAAAAAAGUCAAUAGGAGAGAGUUCGAUUAUGUACAAAAUGGUAGGAACAAGAUAGUAAGCAUUUGGAUUUCAAAAAUGGAGGAAGAAAGCACUUCCCAAACCACCACAGACUCCAACGUAACUGACCGCAUAAAACUCAACGUUGGCGGUAAGCUCUUCGAAACAACUCUUUCCACAAUCCGGUCCGGCGGUCCAGACUCUCUCCUUUUCGCAUUAUCAAACCGUUUUUCCAACGACCCAAACCCGGUUUUCAUAGACCGCGACCCAGAAAUCUUCUCCGUCUUCCUCUCUCUCCUCCGCACCAACCACCUUCCCUCCACUGCCCGCCGCUUCUCCAAACAAGAACUCGCCGACGAAGCUCUCUUCUAUGGUAUUGACUCUCAUCUCCGAAAUGCUACUUCUCCACCUCCGUUCUCCGGCAUCGACGCUUCCAUCGUUGCCUCCGUCCGACCUGCAUCGGAAGGAUUGUCUUCUACUUUCACCGCUGCGGAGAACGGUUCCGUUUGGAUUGCUCACGGUGGUCAACUCUCCAGCUACGACUGGAAUCUAAUCCAUUCCGCAACCGUUCGUACUCACCUCGAUGAGAUCAAUUCAAUUUGCAGAGUCUGGCCGGAGAUUGCCGCCGUUGGAACUGAAUCUGAUGCUGGAUUACACUUCUACAAUUUCUCCGGUAGUCGCCACGUUGGUUCUGUUCAUUGGAGCGAUCCUUCCGAUCCGAGAAUCUUCAAAGCGCGAGUCAACGCGAUAACCGCAUCGGAUAAUUCGGUUUUUGCUUCAUUCGAUUGUCCUCAUAGAGAGAAUUGCAUCCUCGAGGUUGAUAAAGCUAAGCUCCAGAUCGUGUCGCAGUUAGGUCGACAAUCCGGGAACCAAGCAAAAAACAUGGUUCCGGGGAAAUUGACGUUUGUUCCGACGACUGGAGUGCUCGUUGGAAGUGCGGUAACAGGUGGAGCAUUUGGUUAUUCGGGAUAUAUCCGUGUUUGGGACCCUAGGUCUGGUGAAGUGGUUUGGGAAACAAACGAACCGGGUGCGGGUAGGAGUAGUAGAUUUGGUGAUUCAUUUUCUGCUAUAGAUGUUGAUGUUGAAAAAUUAUUACUAUUUAAGCUUUGUUCAAAGUCUGGUGAUUUAGCUAUGGCGGAUAUGCGUCGUUUGGGUGAUGAUCCUUGGGUUUACUUGAAGGAGAAGAAUCCUAGUUUAUGGACAGAUGGGGGUGAUGGGAGUACUAGUAGUGUGGUGAAUUGUUACAAAGGGCAAGUUUUUGUGGGCAGAGGCGGGGAGUUGGAGGUUUGGUCAAGGGUGAAAGAGGUGGUAGAAUGUGAGAGUGAGAGGGAUAGGGAGAGUGAUGGUGAGGGAGUUUAUAGAAGGAAUUUUGUUGAUAAGAGAGAGGAUUCGGAGAAAGGUGUGAUUGUGAAGAUUGAAGGUGGUGGGGAUAGGUUGUUCAUUAGUAGAGAAGAUGUUGAAGGUAUUGAAGUGUGGGAGAGUUCCCAUUAUGCUGGAGCUAUUUCUGUAUUGUGACCUUGGGAUUGAAUUUGAUAGUUAGGGUUGGCUUGGGUUACCUUGUUGUAAGAUUCUUCUUCUUCCAUAUGGAAUUUGUUAAUGUUUGACAUUUUGUGAAUAGCCAUAAUUUGAUGCAAUUUAAAUUUCUGUCUCCUGCAUUUGUUGUAAUAUUAGCUCUAGUAUCAUGAAUAAACCACAAUGGGUCCGAAAUGAGUUCCUUAAUGAUGUUCAAGAUCAAUGAAUAUUUGGGGCAAGUGUAAUACAUUAUUAACACUAAAUUUAUUUUACUUCUCUGUUUUUUCUUACCAA